UCUGGGAACUACGUGGCCUGCGGAGGCCUGGACAACAUCUGCUCCAUCUACUGCUUAAAAACACGCGAAGGCAACGUGAGGGUCAGCAGAGAGCUACCUGGACACACAGGUUACCUUUCGUGUUGCCGUUUUAUUGAUGACAAUCAAAUCAUCACGAGUUCAGGAGACACCACCUGCGCGCUGUGGGACAUCGAGACGAGUCAGCAGACCACGGUAUUCUCGGGCCACACCGGUGACGUCAUGAGUCUGUCCCUGUCGCCCGACCUCCGCACCUUCGUCUCAGGAGCCUGCGACGCUUCGGCCAAACUGUGGGACAUCAGGGACAGCAUGUGCCGACAGACCUUUACGGGGCACGAGUCGGACAUCAACGCCAGCUGUUUCUUCCCCAACGGAAGCGCCUUCGCCACAGGCUCCGACGACGCCACCUGCAGGCUGUUUGACCUGCGUGCCGAUCAGGAGCUCAGCAUCUACUGCCACGACAACAUCAUCUGUGGAAUCACCUCCGUGGCUUUCUCUCGCUCCGGCCGUCUGCUGCUGGCCGGCUACGACGACUUCAACUGCAACAUUUGGGACGCCAUGAAGGGAGACAGAGCAGGUGGGCCACAAAUYAGAUUAGCUGUUAGUGCGACACAGCGCAAUGCUGAUGUAGCAGCUUAAACGUCGGCUGGUUUUUCUGAAAGAUUUGCCAUAAAAAAA